CUAUCUCAUUUCGUGUGUGCAUUGCGUGUGUACGCUCGUUGCGUCUCCCAUCACUACCGACUUUACACUUCCUCCUCCGACAUCGUUCGCUAAAACAUCAGCUUUCGCUCACUCUAAAAGUUUACGUCAUCCGACCGAUCUCCGACCGAUCAGAAAACAAACAACAAAGAAACAUCACAAUGGCCGUCGGUCGCUUCCUUUGCGUAUUGGUGCCGUUUGCACUCACCAUCGCAUCCAUCGUCUUCUUCCUAGUCCCCACCCUCGCGGGCGUCGCCAACAAGGACCUCUACCUCUUCCAGGUCAACGUAGAGGACCUGAGCAUCAACCCGGCAGAUGUGGACCACAUAGUCGGCAACCUCGACAUCGACAUCAAGCCCCGCGCCGACAAGAUCGAGACCAACAUCACCGCCAAGCUCCUCGACCUCGAAAAGGUUUAUGACAUUGGUCUGUGGGGAUACUGCUACACUCCCUACAAGGGCAAGCGCCAGUGCGUCAAGCCCAAGUUCGACUGGGCUUCCGAGGUUCUCAACACCACCUACAUCGAGCACUUUGGUUCCGCUGCCGGCGUCGAGAUCAAGCUCCCCGAUGAGGUCAAGUCUGCUCUCAAGGCCUACAGGACUGCCAACAAGUGGGUCGAGAUUGCCUUUGUCGCUGCUAUCGUCCUGUUGGCUCUCGAGGUUAUUCUCGGUAUCUUUGCCAACUGCUCUCGCAUCUUCUCCUGCCUGACCUGGAUCAUCGCCGGUCUCGCCGCUGUUGUUGCUUUCGGUGCCGCUCUCGCCUCUACCCUCAUGGCUGGUGCAGUUAUCGGUGUCGUCAAGGGCACGGCCAAGUUCUAUGGAGUCAAGGGCCACAUCAACAACACCUUCCUCGCCAUGGCCUGGAUCGCCGUCGCCUUUGCCAUCGGUGCCAGUCUCUUCUGGCUCUUCACCAUCUGCUGCUGCAAGCCCGAGCACCGCAGCCGCAAGGACCGCAAGAACCGCAACUCGGAUGGCGAGAAGCUCCUGGGUGGCGGCUCCCGCGGCUACGCUCCUCUCGGCAACGACCACGAGAUGACGACGGGCUUCUACAACAACAACAACCAGACCCAGUCCCAGUACGGCGCUCCCCGCUACCCCAGCGGUGCUGCCCGCUCCGAUCUCGCCUACGAGCCCUACUCGCACCGUGCCUAAGCCGGUCGCGGGAGGGUUUCAUGAAGCUCUCACGACAUGAUUAUUGAGUCUAUACUUUGAACAAACUUGAUGAUGCUGCAUUAAUGGCGUUUUUUGGAAUCUUAAUCGGAUAUUUGGAUGAACGACUUGGGCAACGGGAUCUGCUACGUGCGGUCACAUGGUCAUGAAGGCAUCAUUUGGUCAUUUUUUUCUUCUUGUUUCUUUGGCGGCAGUCCAAUGUAGAUUUGGAACUGCGGGAUGGAUAUUGGAUGGAUGGGAAGAUGCCGAUGGAUGGACGGCAUGAUACCCAAAUCUGUUUUAAGGACAUGAUAUGAAUAUACAUGGCUCGGGUUACUAUUCGAUUGUGCGAUAUGAAAAAUCAGUCAAUGA